AUUUUGGUGGAGAACAUCCCUGAUGGUGUGGAUGAAGAAAUGUUAGAGAUGAGUUUUUCCUCCAGAAAGUUGAGGUCAUGUUUAGUGACGGAUAUCGACUUCGAUGAAAAUGAGAUGAAUGCCGUGAUACGGUUUGAUCGACCUAGCGAUGUGAAGACAAUACUCGAUAACCGACCAAUUAAAAUAAAGCAGAGAGAGGUUUCAGUGCAAAUAUAUGUCCCAAAGAAACUCUGUACUGUUAUUGUGAGGGGUCCGAAAGAGAUCAUGAAAGAAGAAAAUGAAGAAACAUUUGAAAUGUACUUCGAUCGUGAAAAUAAAUCAGGAGGUGGCAACAUUGCUGAAAUCGAAUUUAGACCAAAUGAUAAUGCUUUUUUUCAUUACCUUUGAAGGCGAAGAUGUAGCCAAACGAGUUCUCAAAAGAGGUAACCACCGCAUUAUGCGUCAAGACGUGAACGUGGAGCUUUUGAUUCCAAGUCGUUCAACAAAAGCGUCGAAAGCUACGACAAAUAAUAACAACAAACAUCACAUAAACAAAUCGCAGAAUGCGAAUUUUUAUGAAGAUGUUGAAUCAAAGCCAUUAAAGACUGUUAAGGUACGAGGAGUAAAACUGGUUGCCAGCAGGGACUCUGUGCAACUUUAUUUUGAAAACAAAAACAAGGCUGGAGGCGGUGAAAUUGAAAAGAUAUCCACGGAUGAACACAAUGACGACGUUAUCUACAUAGAGUACAAAGACGAGUCAGUUGCCAAAGCCGUUGUUGAAAGGAAACACGCUGUCGACGGCCAUCUUCUGGAGGUGACAUUGCAUACGCCAUCUGUGCCGUUACCAAGCUACUCAGACAGGCUGCUGAUUAAAGGACUAAACUCCCAAAUUACAUUUAACGUAUUAGAUCUUUACAUGGAAGCCAGAAUGGGUCUAACGCUGGUUGAAGGAACCAUGAUAUACCAUGUUGACCAAGAAGACACAGCAUUAGUGACGGUUCGUGGAGCCAUAGACAUGGCACAAGUGGAUGAGGCAUGCAAAUCAAAGCCAUUAGAAGGUUCUAUUUUGAAGAUUAGCACGGUGCCUAUAUCCAACUGCGUCCUUGUAUCUAACAUCAGCGAUACUGUAACAGCGGAUACAGUUGCUCUAUAUUUUGAGAAUAAAAAUAGAAGCAACGGGGGUCCUGUUGAAAAGGUUGACCUUUUCACUAAUCAGAGCUACUGUCUUGUGUACUUCGUAGACUACAUGGUUGUAGAUAGUGUUCUAUCAAAAGAGCAAACGCUGGAUGGAAGGCGACUGGAAGUUAAAAGAUAUUUUCAAUGCAUUGGACGGGCUGAAGGGGAUACAGUUGAACGAAUAUUUAAAAGACCUAAUUCUGUAACUGUAAGGGGAAUUUCACAAAAAAUAUAUUUCUUGCACCAUUCGGUAGCAAAAAAAGAAGCUUUGGAAAAGGAAUUGAUCAUGUGUCACGCAAAGGUGAAUUGGCCAUCAUCUGACAAUAUUGGCGAUGUUGAAAUAUGUUGUUUGUUGUCGGAAGAUGUGAAAGACUGUGUUAAUCUGGCAAAGACUUGGGCUACAACAGUAAAAGAACGCUUUGAACAAGCGAUAAACACUAUUGAGGUGGCACGUAUAUUCGUUGUGCAAGACAUAUUAGGAAAAGUCAAUGACAAACUUGGCCUACUUAAACCUAACGCAGAAAUUAACAUACAAAUCCAUGAAAACAAUAUAUGUUUAGUAGGGGAAAAGGAUGCACUGCCGAACAUCAAGAAAGAUUUGGAGCGCCUCGUACAGGAGACACAAGAGGCUUCGGAGAAGGAAAAAACAUGGUUGAAAAUACACAUUUCAAACUUGAAACCUAUCGAAACACAAAUGCUAACGGCAGACGAAUUCACAAGUCGAAUGGCACAUAAAUAUACCGAUUGUACUGUGAAAAUUGAUCAAAACACUAAUACAAUAGAAAUUGAAGGUGUCAACGACCUGGUAAACAAAAUUCAAAUUGAAAUGUACCAAACAAAAGAUACUUUCCAGAAAACUGAUAUCAAUAUUCCAAGAGAAGCAGUAGAAAUCUAUAUGAGCAGCAUUGUAAAAGAUUUCAUUGACAAUAAAUUUAAACGUAAAAAAGUUGUUGCUGUGUGGGAAGCAACGAAUGAAACAUUACUCGUGAUAAGCAGAAAUGAAGAAAUGCUCCGUGAAACAGUCGAUAUUGUUCGGAAUGCUGUAAAAAUUGGUAAAGUUUAUUUAGAACCUGAGAGUCGAUCUUUAUUGCAGUUGAAACCAUGGGAACACAUUGUAACGACAUUAAACAAAGAACAUGGCGGCAAAUUGUCAAUCAAAGUCACAGGAGACGCAAUAAUAAUUAUUUGCACAGAUGACAUUCACAACUCAGUGUUCGGAACCAUAAAUGCUUUUCUUGAUAAAAAUACAAAAUACACAGACAAGUUGUCUUUUCCAAGAGACAUACAUGAACUUCUGUUGCGGCAUCAUUUGCAAGAUAUGCUGCAUAUUGCAAAAGGCCAACAUGUAGAGUUUCGCGAGCAAUCAAACGGAUUUGAACUAAUUGGUACAAAGAUGGAAAUGCAAUCAAUCAGAAAAGAGCUUGAAUCAUUUGCCAAGAGGGUAAAGAGAAAGAAACAUUUAGUAUCGAAACCUGGAAUUUCAGAAUUUAUGGAUUCCGAGAAGGGUCGAUUUAUAUUGAAAUCUGUGGGCAGAACACACCCUGUUGUUGUACGAACAUCCGACGACGACAGUGAAGAUGAUAACACAAUAUAUGGAACAGGUCUAUUUGGACUUAUCAACCCUCCGGCAGAGUCUGUACUUGCUUCCUGCACUGGGUCUGGAAAUAGGAAAAUUCAUGUAUUUAUUGGCGAUAUGACUGAUCUAAAUGUUGAUGUUUUUGUAAAUACGGCAAAUGAAAAGCUAAGUUUAUUAAGUGGACUUGGGAAGGCUCUCGUACAAAAAGGAGGCGAUGCUAUCACUAGAGAGUGUAAUCAGUAUAUAGAGACAAAUAAAAAAAUGGGUGAAUCAGCCUUGUUUGCGUCCACAGCAGGCAAUUUAAAGGCUAAACGUAUCUUUCACAUAUCCGGGCCACGGUGGAAAGAUGGACAUCAGGGAGAGGACGAUAAACUGGCAGAGGUAGUUUUUAAAGCUCUGCAUCAAGCCUCGGGAAUGGGAUACAAAUCUUUAGCAAUGCCGGCAAUAAGUUGCGGAGGAUAUGGUUACCCGGUUAAGAGGGCUACGAGCGUUAUCAUCACGUCCGUCAAAAACUUUUUUCGAGAAGUACAAGACUCAGAAUUAAGAGAAAUUUAUUUGUGUGACAUGAAAGAAGAAACUGUCAAUGGUUUCGUUGAAGGACUUGAAAGGGAAUGGGGCGCUUCCAAUGUACAGCGGUUUGAAAGGAAGAAGUCAACCUCAGUGAUAACGUCACCACGCACUUCUGUUGGUCGAAUGGAAGCAGGCAAAAACAACCAAGAUCCAGUAUUUGCUCACGAGAGUAUGCGAUCGAGAGGCCCUCCACCUCUUAAAAGGAAUCCAUGGAUAGGUACGCCUCUCCAACCUAUCAAACUUGGAAAUAUAAGCGUUACAGUGCAUAAAGCUGAAAUUGCUAUGCACGAUAUACCAGUCAUAGUGAACACCACUUCAAGAAACCUUGAUCUUAACAAUGGUACAGUGUCGAAGACAAUUCUGCGGCAAGCCGGCCAUGAAAUUCAAGAUGACCUUAAACAAAUGUUCCCUACAGGUAUCAGUGAGGGUCAGGUUGCCAUUACAAAAGGAUAUAAACUGAAGUGCAGCAAUGUCAUUCAUGGGGCGGUUUCAAAUUGGGACGGACAGAAAACGAUUGAUGCACUUAAAUCCUUCCUUAAGAUUUGCUUUGAGGAGACACAGAAACUUAACCACAGUGGUAUAGCAUUUCCAGCAAUUGGCACUGGCAAUCUUGGCUACCCAAAAGAUGUUGUUGCAACCGAAAUGUUUACGGCUGUUUCUGAGUUUGCGGCGAAGUAUCCUCAGUCAUCCAUUACAAAUGUAGACUUUAUACUGUAUCCAAAGGAUGGUGAAACUAUACGGGCAUUUGAACAAGAAAUAACGAAUUGGUCAAAGGGCAGUCGCAAAGGGCAAGGGCGUGCCCGGUGUUAUGAUCACAUAGAAAACCUAGCAAAAGACGGUGCCGAAGAACACAUUUACGACGAGCUACCUGAUUCUAUACCUGGCAACUCAAAUGAAAUUGUUAUUGGAAAUGUUACAAUAUCGGUUAGGCAAGGUGAUAUCACUCAGGAAAAUGCGGACUGUAUUGUCAACAGCUCAAACGAGGAUCUAGAUUUAGAAAGAGGAAAUGUGUCCAAAGCCCUUGCAAAAAUUUGUGGAAACGAACUUUUGAAGCAAGCCAAAUCCAUGCAGGGGGAAAUGAAAAGGGGAGGUUUGGCCAUUACCAAAGCUCCUGGACUUCAGUGCAGAAACAUAAUGCACGUUGUUGCUAGAGAUUCUGCACCAGGAUGGAAAGAAGUUAUUGGAAAAUGUCUUAAAAAGGCAAAAGCUGAACGUUAUCGAAGUAUUGCUUUUCCAGCUUUAGGAACAGGAAUACGUGUGGUUGCCGCAGAAGCUGCACAUGUGAUGUUCCAGGCUGUCACCGAGUUCGUAACUGGCGGAUGUGGAUCAUUGACGGAUGUGAGGUUUGUGAUCUACCAGCCUGAAAUGGUUGAUACGUUCACAGAAGCCGCUCGUCAUGCAAAAGGGCUGGGAUUAGAUGUUGUUGGUGGGAGUCAGGUUCAACAGCUCUCUGACAAAACAAGCUCUGUCAAUCUGAUAUUUUACGCGUUGGAAGAUUCAUCAAUCCGGAACGCUAUAGAGCAGUUAGAAUCACUCAUUGACGGCGAGGUUCACACCGAAUCCUUCGAAAAUCCAGUCAUUAAGCGCCUCGACGAUCGACAGAAUCAAGCGAUCAAAAGAGCAGCUGAGAAAUUCAAUGUAGACCUCAAAGUCACUGACAAAGGAGUCGAAAUCGUUGGAAUUAUGACAAACGUCCACAACGCCAGCACGUGUAUUAAUAGGAUACUUAACGAUGCUCUUCAAAUUGAAAGCGACAAAAAAUCAGCCUUGUUAUUACAAGAUGUCGUUCAGUGGUACUACAUAGAAGUCACCGAGGAAGGAGAUGAACUAAAACCUUACGAUCAAUAUCUUAAUUUUCUUAUUGAAAAGGCAUAUAAGAAUCAAGAUGACUCUGCCCAAUAUCGCGAAAACAGUUUAGAAAUCGUCGUGGACUUCAAAAAUUUGCAAGAAUAUGAGAAGGGCGAAACUGAUGAAAAUAAAAAAACCAAGAUUGUUCGAAAAGAUGUUUACAAGGAUAUAUUAACUGAAACACCUAAAGAAUGGAAGGACAUGAAAGGGAAUCUUCUUGUUCACACUUUGCUUAAUGUUGAUCCUAAGUACGCAGAAAUAGAGAAAGCCUUCAUGGCAUCAGCUGGAUCUGGAUUAACGGUUCAAAAGAUUGAAAUGGUCCAGAACAAGUCCCUAUGGCACCAGUAUGCUGCAAAGAAGAAGCAACUGGAAGGACAAAAUCCUCCAGGAACAGUGAACGAACGUUUCCUGUGGCACGGUACCUCUGAAGACACGGUUGAUAGCGUAAACGCGCAUGGCUUCAACCGCAGUUACUGUGGAAAGAACGCGACAAAAUUCGGUGAUGGAGUCUACUUCGCGGUCAAUGCAGAUUAUUCUGUGCAAGAUACAUACUCUAGACCAGAUCAGAUCGGUGUUAAACGGAUGUACUACUGCGGAGUUCUGACAGGCGAAUACACAGUGGGCCAAAGGGGCAUGCGUGUGUUGCCAUCUAAGCCUUCUGGGAAUCCACAUGAUGUAUAUGACUCAGCAACGAAUGACUUGCAAAAACCAAUUAUGUUUAUUAUUUUCAAUGAUACACAUGCAUAUCCGUUUUAUAUCAUCAAUUUUAAGAGAGCUUGAACAUCUAUUCACGACGUAUAGUAUAAAUAAUUGAACUCAUGUCCGUUGUUUACCAGCAACAACCUGUCGUGUUAAACCGCAUUGUGUGUGUAUGCGGAUCUUUUAUACAUAAUUAUACAUACAACAGUUGUUGGAUUUUAUGAUCAAAAUCAAAUAAUAUGUGUCUUGUUAAGAAACAAGAUAGUAUUUGCCACGGCAUUACACAAGUGCAUUGAUGGCUAUGAUAUAUGUGAAAUCUGCAUGUGAGUUGUGUUUGUUAAGUUAUAUAUAUUUAUUUAGUUGAUUAUGGUUAACUUUUGUUUUUUUCUGUACAAAUGUAAAGUAGUGAUUUUACAAUAACAAAAUUAAUUCCACUAAACGCAAGUAUUUUACACACGACUUAUUAUUUGGUUGGCCAUACUUAUUCCAAUAUAUAUCAAGUUAAAUCAACUAAUGUGUGUUUUGUUUAAAAGUUUGUCUAGCAUAUGUUACAACUUGUUUCGUAUACUAUACCGAGAUGUACUAUUAGAAUUGUUAUGAUGUAUUUGUGUUGUUAUGGAAAAUAUUUUCAACUAUUAAUACAUGUUUUGUAUUUAUAUCAAACAUUUAUUAAUGAAAUACAAUUUGAGACCAAUGAGGCAUAUAGGAAAUUGUAUAUGAGUUGAAAAGAUGAGUGAAGUCCAGUCGUUUUUCAAAAAAAUAUAUCCAUUGAAUAUGAUAUUCAUAUUGUUAGGAACAUGUAUUUGGUCACAACUUUGCGAUUUGUUCUCAAUACAUGUUACUUGUGUAAGGUGAAUUUGA